AUGGCAACAAAACAGCCCAUUGAGAUCUCGAUGAGUCCUUCCGCAGACGGCAAGGUGAGUGUUCGAGGAGUGAAGGAUCAUGUGACCGAGAGACCCACUCGCGAUUUGGAUAUUGACGAGCUGCUGAAGUUCAUGAAGGAGCGUAUGGACUCGAUACAGGGGGUAGUGGCAGAUGAGUUGCACGUGGAAAUUAGAGCCCCUAACUGUGUCCAUAUGGCGGUGGUCGAUUUACCAGGUGUUCAAUUAAGUAAUGAAAGGACCAAGGAAAUUACUAAACGCAUAGUUCGGGAUUAA